GCUGGGGGGCGGGGGGCGUCUCCUACAGGACUGGUAAGCGUGGCACCGCCUCUCCACGCACGCAAACAGGCACGCACGCGCGCACACGGAAGCCGCGCGUCAACUGUGCCUUUAACGGCGGAACUGACUGGCGUGUGACUGCGAGUCAAGCGGACCCUGGGUGCGCGUUCACCCGCAUUGACAUGGCGUAGAGGGCGGCGUGAGUGUGCAACAUCCUCCCAGCGCCACGGUCGCAAUCCACGCGAAUACGACGACGACGACGACAAUGAUACCGAUGCUCAUGAUGAUGAUGAAGGUGAUGGCGGCAUCCGGGCAGGAGGACGCCGCCGCCGCCGGGCUGGAGGAUCUCGCAACGGAGAAGGAAGCCGAGGAGAGCCACCGGCAGGACAGCGUCAAUCUGCUGACCUUCAUCCUGCUGCUCACCCUCACCAUCCUCACCAUAUGGCUCUUCAAGCACCGGCGCGUACGCUUCCUGCACGAAACCGGCCUGGCGAUGAUUUAUGGCCUGCUGGUGGGGGUCAUCCUGCGUUACGGCAACCCCGCCACCAGCUACCACAACAGGAGCCCACCCAGCUGCUCGCUGGCCAAGGGGCCGGCAAGAAGCAGCCUACUGCUCAACAUCAGCGGCAAGUUCUUCGAGUACACGCUCAAAGGGGAGAUCGACUCCCGCGACAUUCACAAUGUGGAGCAGAACGACAUGCUGCGCAAGGUUACUUUCGACCCGGAAGUCUUCUUCAACAUCUUGCUGCCUCCCAUCAUUUUCCACGCUGGCUACAGCCUGAAGAAGAAACACUUCUUCCGGAAUCUGGGCUCCAUUCUCACCUACGCAUUCCUGGGCACGGCUGUGUCGUGUUUCGUGAUCGGGAAUCUAAUGUACGGCGUGGUCAAACUGAUGCAAGUGGUCGGUCAGCUGAGCGACAAAUUCUACUACACCGACUGUCUUUUCUUUGGUGCCAUCAUCUCCGCUACCGACCCAGUGACGGUGUUGGCCAUUUUCAACGAGCUGCACGCGGACGGCGACCUGUAUGCGCUGCUGUUUGGCGAGAGUGUCAUGAACGACGCCGUGGCCAUCGUGCUGUCGUCCUCCAUCAUGGCCUACCAACCCCGAGGCGCCAACACGCACAUGUUCGACGCCUCGGCCUUCUUCAAGUCCGUGGGGGUUUUCCUGGGAAUUUUCAGCGGCUCCUUCAUGAUGGGCGCCGCCACUGGGGUGGUCACUGCUCUCGUGACCAAGUUCACCAAGCUGCACUGCUUCCCUUUGCUGGAGACGGGCCUCUUCUUCCUCAUGUCCUGGAGCACCUUCCUGCUGGCAGAGGCCUGCGGAUUUACGGGGGUGGUGUCCGUGCUGUUCUGUGGCAUCACACAGGCUCACUACACCUACAACAAUCUCUCCGGAGAGUCCACCAAGCGUACAAAGCAGCUCUUCGAGGUGCUUCACUUCCUGGCUGAGAACUUCAUCUUCUCCUACAUGGGCUUGGCUCUGUUCACCUUCCAGAACCACAUCUUCAGCCCCAUCUUCAUCACGGGCGCUUUUGUUGCCAUCUUCCUGGGACGAGCCUUGAACAUCUACCCGCUCUCCUUUCUGCUCAACCUGGGCCGCAGACACAAGAUCAAAGGAAACUUCCAGCACAUGAUGAUGUUUGCCGGACUGCGCGGGGCGAUGGCGUUUGCCUUGGCCAUCCGCGACACGGCAACGUACGCCCGGCAGAUGAUCUUCACCACCACGCUGCUCAUCGUCUUCUUCACCGUGUGGGUUUUCGGAGGCGGGACCACGCCCAUGUUGUCUUGGCUGCACAUCAGGGUGGGAGUGGAUCCAGAUCAAGACCCACAGCCUUGUGCAGACACCUUCCAGGUCCUACAAGGGGAUGUCCCCCGGGCUGAAGGGCAGAGCAAAACCAAACAAGAGAGUGCCUGGCUCUUCAGGAUGUGGUACACCUUCGAUCACAACUACUUGAAACCCAUCCUGACGCACAGCGGCCCCCCGCUCGCUUCCACGCUGCCCGGCUACUGCGGACCCCUGGCCAGCUGCCUGACCAGCCCUCGCGCCUACGAGAACCAGGAGCAGCUGAGAGACCCCGACCGCUCCGACGGCGACCUCUCCUUCACGUUCGGCGACGCGGCCAUCGCCACCAACGGGCUAUCGGGUGACGGCUGCGGCGGCACGACGGGGUGGAACUCCAACGGAAAACGCGGCGGCAGCACAUCCGAGGAAGCUCUGGAGCGAGAGCUGGACUCCCGAGAGCAGGAGCUGCUGAGCCGAGGCACCCGCUUGGUUUUCCCCAUCGAGGAUCCCAUCUGAUACGCACUCCAUUUGACUCCCUGGAUAUGUUUGAUUUUUCUCCCAUCAGCCAAAUUACAGCAUAUAUUAAAACACUAUUCACAUUUA